CGGUGGAUGUGCAUGGAUUGCCAGGGCAUGCGGAUGCCCUUUGAGGGCCGACUGACGUUCAUGAUGAGGAAUUGGGGAUGAAUCCGAAGAGGGCGUCAAUAUGAUUGUUGGUAGGGCUGUCGGAUACACAGAUGUACGGAAAAGGGAGAAGGACUGUGAGAUCUACGACAAGGAGUAAUACUCAAGGGUGUCCUGUUAGAAAUAGGACAUGGAUGAGAAGGAAGACUCCUCCAUGCCCGCAGCGACUCCCGUCAACAGCCAUGACGGUGUGGAUGAGUCGCAUCACCAAAACCUGAUGUUUGCACGCAACAGAACGGGUGGUGUGGCAGUCCAGGCCAGUGAGGACGAGUCUAUCAGAGUUCUAGUUGGUCACGAUGGCCUGGUUCUACAGACGGUGGCUUUGACAUUGAAGGACGAGUUGGUCAUGAUAGCGCGAUGGAGGAGAGAAGAAAUGCGAGGAAGCGAUGACGGAUGGAGUGUACGAAGACUUAACGUAAAGGGGAUUGGUGCGACAAGUGGAAGGCGGUCAGGCAGUCAGGCCGUCAGGCAGUCAGGCAGCAGUCCCGUGGUUAGAUAUCAGGUGACCGGGAAGAUAGUAGCUCGUGGAAAACUGGAGCGUGACAGGAUCGAGAAGAAGAAGAAGAAGAAGAAGAAGAAGAAGAAGAAGAAGAUGAAGCAGCAGAAGUCUCUAUUGAACGAAGCCCGAAUACUGAGCUGCACCGCCACCAGCCACCAGCCACUAUGCGUCAAUAUCUGCACAGUAUCCAUCGAUCUAAUAGCUAAUCUCGUCCUUAUCGCGUGCUGUUAUUAUUAUGCCUCCGGACAAGCUGCAGCCCGACAGCCAGCCCAGAGUUUAGCACCCGUAAGGUGUAUAUGUAGUACCUCAACAACGAACAGACGAUUGAUGAUGAUGGAGAAUUGCAUGAGCUGUAUGACUGUAUAUGAUAUGCGUCGUCUCAUGACGGCAACUCGCGGAGUAAAGGAAGAAACAGGAACAGGAACAGGAACAGGAAUAACCUUCAACGUGUGUGUGUGGCAGCAGCAGCAGCAGCAGCAGCAGAGAUCGGCAACGGGCCGCCGUUGUUGUCUGCAGGCUGCUGUGAUUCGUCUGCGCGUCGAGAUUAGUCCAGGGGCACUGUCUCGCUAG